UGGCGUCCUCGGUAUGAACCAGCGGUGCAUAUUCGUAUGAAAGCGUGCUUCAGAGUGGUACAUUCUAGUGGCGCGUGUCUAGUCGGCGACUCGGUCGCGCUGUGUUUGCGACGAGCGCGAUGACUGAGCUGCGACGCUACGUGGGGCCGAUCGUUCCAAUCGCAGCAGUGUUCGCGGGAGUCAUCCUUUGUAGCUACCUCGUUCAAGCCAUCGACUACGAGGAGACCAUUGUUUGGCAGCCGGACCCCCAGCACAAGUAUGUCGCGCUGCGGGAGGUCAAACCACGAGUCCAGAGCCGUGCUGACGAUUCCAUAAGCACCGAUCUGAGAGAGGAGACAGACCAAAAUGACACAGCGUCAGCCGCAAGGGUUCCGCCUUCGGACUCGCAGAAAGCGGAGACUCCUGCCAACGGACCAUCCGCGGCGGCCGCUGCUGGUGGAGGCGUAGCGGCGCCAGCCCCGGGCACCCCCGUGGUGCCCCCGAAAGCGCCGAUACCGGAAUUCUCGUUCGGCGUGUGGAACGCUACCGACGGCACUGUCUGCAUACUGGCAAAGUUCCAGGUCUUCUUCACCAUCACGUACGCCAGCAGAGGCGGAUUGCAGACGGUAACCCUGAAGAUGCCCGAGAGCGCCAAAGCCAAAGGAAUCUGUGCUACGGAAGACCAGGAGCCCGUUCUGGAACUCACAUGGCCAGUGUUCCGGUUCAUCCUGAUGUUCUCCAGAGUUCCUCCGGUUAGCGACAAGGGCCGAGGAUCGUGGAAGGUCAGCGGAAUGGAGAUACAGUUCAACACAAACUCGCCUUUCUUCCCGGGCGCCACAAACGCCGGCAAGCGAACGGCCCGAAGUCCCGAGAACAUGACGCUGUUCGAGACUCCGAUGGGCGAGUCGUACUUCUGCCCGACGCCUAAACUUGUCACGCUGACGGACUCGCGCGGAGGACGCAAAGUGGCCGUGCAGUUCAAAGACCUGCGGAUUCAGGCGUACGAGUUCCAAGGAACCUAUGGUCCAGCGCACCGGUGCAGCCAGGUGCGAAUGGCCGGUGUCCAGGACCCGUUCCCGCAGGACGAGACGGUGCCCAUCGCCGUUGGCUCCACACUCGCCGUCGCUGCGGUCGCCGUCGUCGUCGGGUACGCCCUCUACCGAUCGGUCUUCGUGCGGCGUGUGGACUACAACACAAUGAACUGAGCGACUGACACCACGCGGCCACCCACCGGCAUUCCCGAGUGCCACGAAGGCGCUCGAUCUGCCCGGUAUCUUCACCGGAACGCGGUCAUUCGAGCACUGAAACGUGGCGCCGAUGGCGUAACCGCACAACGACUUAGCAUGCCACCGAUCUUAGCCGCGCCGGGUACGUACUACGUGGCGCUGCUUAUCGGUGAAAGCUGUCAAGCGGAAGACGCGACAGCGAUAACAGAUUGGUAGCGGAAUGCGAACACUGUAAGCCUGAUCAAUGCACGCCUGCGCAGUGGCGUCCAUCGCAGGCAACGAAAUGCUGUCUCACGAUUGACGAAACGCGCGUGUGCCGCGACGGCGUGAAUGACUUGCUGACACGACGGGACGUGGUCGAGCAUGACGUAGCUUAUCGCCGCGUCGGGCCUCACACAAAAUACGCGAACGAAAA